AUGGCGGAUUCGCAGGCGAAGUCGUCGGGGAUGAGUCCCGGAGGAGUAGGAGGAGGGAGCCACGAGAGCGGCGGAGAUCAGAGCCCGAGGUCGUUGAAUGUUCGUGAGCAGGAUAGGUUUCUCCCGAUCGCUAACAUAAGCAGAAUCAUGAAGAGGGGUUUACCUGCUAACGGCAAGAUUGCUAAAGAUGCUAAAGAGACUAUGCAGGAAUGUGUGUCUGAGUUUAUUAGCUUCAUCACUAGCGAAGCGAGUGAUAAGUGUCAAAGAGAGAAGAGGAAGACUAUUAAUGGAGAUGAUUUGCUUUGGGCUAUGACUACUUUAGGAUUUGAAGAGUACGUUGAACCACUCAAGCUUUACCUGAGUAGAUACAGAGAGGGUGACAACAAGGGAUCAGGAAAAGGUGGGGAAUCGAGUGCUAAGAGAGAUGGUCAAUCAGGCCAAUUUCAGCAGCUUGGUCACCAAGGCUCUUUCCCACAAGGUCCUUAUGGAAACUCUCAAGCUUCGCAUAUGAUGGUUCAAAUGCCGAACCCAGAGUAG